GUUGUCAUGAAGCACGGAGAUACAUCUGACGAUGCACACUUGGUCACAAACUGCAGUUUCAGAUCUAAGAAAGAAGCAGAGACAGCAGAAACAGAAGCGCUCACAUGAUACGGUAGGGAGAGUUUGGGAUAUUCUUUUAGGAGGAGGCAUGUUUUCCCGUGGGCCAGGGGCGGCACGAGGGGUGGCGACCAGGGCGCGGCCGCGGAGGUUUGACGCGGAGGCUGACUCGCCCCACCCGCGGGGCUCCACGCUCCCCCGCCCGGCGGAGAGGGUCGUGAUCAACGUGAGCGGGCUGCGGUUCGUCUCCACGCUGCAGACGUUAGAAAGGUAUCCGGACACGUUGUUGGGAGACCCGCGUAGACUACGGUGGUAUCACGACUCGACUAGGAACGAAUUCUUCUUCGACAGACAUCGCCCAAGUUUCGAAGCGAUCUUACAGUUCUAUCAGACCGGAGGAGAACUCAAGUGUCCUCAAGAAGUCCCCUCGGACGUCUUCGUGGCCGAGAUGGAGUUCUACGACUUGGGAGAGGACAUGAUCAAGGCGUUCCGAGAGGAGAUGGGUAUGGAACUGCCGUCGUCAGACGAGAUCCCGCCCCCUGAGAACGAGAUGCUACUGAAAAUUUGGCGCCUUUUCAGAGACCCCGGGUCAUCCUACAUGGCCAAACUGGUCACAGUCACCUCUGUGCUGAUGAUCAUCAUGAGUGUGUUAGUGACGUGUAUAGAGACGGUACCAGAGGUGCAGACAUGGGUCCACACCUACACCUACACUAGCGGCGCUAACGGAACUCUACUGAGGCUACCUGCCACUAGGAACCCGUUCUUUGUAGCAGAGACCAUCUACGUGGCCUGGUUCACACUGGAACUAGUCUUAGGUUUUCUGGCAUGUUCAGAUCGAUGCAGGUACAGUAAAGACUACAUGAACAUUCUGGACUUUGUGGGGAUAAUUCUGUAUCUGGUGGAUGUGGGCAUAGAGCUCAGCGCUGUGAAUUCGGCAGGACAGAUUGACCGGGUUGUCAGCGCCCUGUGGGUCGCCCGUCUCAUCCGGAUCCUGAGGGUGGUCAAACUGACUCGCUACUCUGUAGACAUGCAGCUGUUCUGGAGAGCUAUGACCAACAGCCUGCCUGCCAUGGUGCUGCAUAUGUUCACCUCGCUGGUUCUCAUGGUGCUGUUCUCGGGUAUCGUGUACUAUUGGGAGUCGGAGGAACCCGGCACAGCCUUCACCAGCAUCCCCGACACCUUCUGGUGGGCCAUCAUCACCAUGAUCAACAUCGGCUACGGCGACCACAUCCCCCAAACACUCGUGGGAAAAAUAAUCGCUAGUAUCGCUACCAUUGCGGGGAUUGUGUCCCUGUGCCUGGGUAUACCAGAGUUUAUGGAGUGUUAUAUCCAUCUGUAUGAAGCAGCUAGGUACAGUGCAAAGAGACAGGCCAGACGUAGGGGUGGGAUGUCUAAAUAUGGGAUACUGGGAGGGACUAGAAGACGAAGGGAUGGAAAAUUCACUCUCAUCAUAUAAUAAGCUUCACAGUUUGAAGUGCAUGCAUAUGAUGCCAUUAUGUUGAAAGUUCAUCUGUUCGUGGAAGUCUUUAUGAAGCAAG